CACAGCAUUUCAGCAGAUUAUCUACUGAGUGUAUAACAAUGUCUGGUCGUGGAAAAGGAGGAAAGGGGCUUGGAAAAGGGGGCGCUAAGCGUCACAGAAAAGUCUUGAGAGACAACAUCCAGGGCAUAACCAAACCAGCUAUCCGCCGUCUUGCACGCAGAGGUGGAGUCAAACGUAUCUCUGGACUCAUCUAUGAAGAGACCCGUGGUGUCCUGAAAGUUUUCCUUGAGAACGUCAUUCGCGAUGCUGUCACUUACACGGAGCAUGCCAAGAGAAAGACCGUCACCGCCAUGGACGUUGUCUAUGCCCUGAAAAGACAAGGACGUACUCUCUACGGAUUCGGUGGUUAGACAUCCCUGCCAUCUUGAGCUUAGCAGCACAACAACAAACGGCCGUUUUCACGGCCACCAAUAUCUUUAGAAAAGAUGCCUCUCAACAGACGUAAAAAUGAAAUAAAUAA